AUGUGGCACGUCCGUUGUCCGUUCGUUCCCGUUACCGUACCCUCACAUUCCAUUCACGUACCAUUACAACCCAUCCGAUUGAAGAGCUUCCACGAUUGCACGAGUUUCAACGGCUUGACGUCAUUGCUGAGUUUAUACUGUGUAGUCCUGGCUCCAAAAUAUCGAUACUGGUUCUUUCCUAGGAUGAAAGUGCUGGAAUCAUCGAAUAAAGAUAAUCAAACGCAAAAGACGAAAACAUUUCAGCACUAUUUACCUGAAGGCGAUCGAUGCUAUAGUUGUGUGCAUUGCCGUGCGAAUUUAGCCAGUCACAAUGAUCUUAUUUCUAAGUCAUUUCAAGGCAGUCAAGGGAAAGCUUAUCUGUUCAAUUCAGUUGUAAAUAUCGGUACCGGUCCUGCUGAAGAGCGAGUUCUUCUAACAGGACUACAUGCUGUAGCCGAUAUCUAUUGUCAGUGUUGUAAGACGACACUUGGCUGGAAAUAUGAACACGCUUUUGAGUCAAGUCAAAAGUACAAAGAGGGAAAGUUUAUCAUUGAACUUGCGCAUAUGGUGAAAGACAAUCAAUGGGAGGACGGCAAAAAACGGAAAUCGAUUUGA